UGAUCGUGGGUACUAGAAAAUUGAGUUCAGGCAAUGAUCUAUCUAAGAAUGUAUGUAUUAUGCAGAAAAAUAAGAAUUUCUCCCUUGAUGUUGUUCUUCAAAAAAAAAUGAGUUGAUGUACCGAAUCAUAGUUCAUCGUUCUUUUUCUGAAUCUCCUCUCUUUGCUUCUCAACGAAGAUGAAAUACCCGUUCAAGCCUUCACCUUCUCUACAAACCUACUUCAGGGUCAUCUCGUACAUUCUGUACUACAAAAAGCUAAUACAUCACUAAACGUUUCAUUUCGUUUUCUACUCACUUGUGUUUCACACACCACCAAACCCAACAAGAUGUCUCAGCAAGGAACCGUCAAGUUUUUCUCCGAGAAGGGAUACGGAUUCAUCCAGCCGGCGCAGGGUGGCGAGGAUGUCUUCGUCCACUUCUCCUCCAUCAACAAGCAGGGCUUCAAGUCCCUCAACGAGGGCGAGACCGUUUUCUUCGACACCUUCUGGGAUGAGCAGAAGCAGAAGACCUCUGCCGUCAACGUGACCGGCAACGGUGACGGCGUCCCGCGCCAGAAGGGCGGCAAGGGCGGAAAGGGAAUGGGCGGCGGCUUCGGCGGAAAGGGUGGCUUCGGCGGAGGCAAGGACUUCUACGGUGGAGGCAAGGACUUCUACGGAGGAGGCAAGGGAUUCGGAGGCGAGCCGGCUUACUGGUAAAUACUUCCUUUCUUAAAUUUCGUCUUCGUUGCGUUGAUCGUGUCGACACUGUGGUAGACAAGCUGGUGUAGUAUGGAAAUAGCACCCACUUAGACAAUUUUUGUAGUUGUACAGGAAAUCGAAAUCAUAAUGUUGCUCUUGUAGCAGGUGUGCUAGACGAUACUAACAAAGUAGAACCCAACAAACUAGAUCUCUCAGCAUGAGCAUCUUGUGACAAAUCGAACCCAACAACAACAUCUUACUCUUUUCAGGUAAGCUUUCUCUUGAAUCGCCAUGAUAUAAUCUGGGAGUUGCGCUUGAGGAGAAGCCAAGAAAAUGGCCAGCACGAAAAUGGCCAGCACGGGAGGUGUUUGAAAAACAACGCUAUAAAGGUUCGGGAGGAACCACUCGACACAGGAAUAUCUGUACAUCACGAUGUUGAAAGAAAGAUGAGAAGAACCAUGACAACUACAGAUGAGAGAGAGGUCUUGCUGACUCCACUGUUAUCAAUCAUGAUUGAACUAUUCUUUUACUUGCACAUACUUGUUUCACCAAUACGAAUACUUAGGUUACUUUCACUACAAGGAUCUUGAUGUGAUUAGAACUGAGCACUGUUGCACUACCGCACUAAUAACGAUCAGGUCGAAGAUGUUCGAUGAUGUUGAGCACUCAGGGGUUGUUAACGUGUUGUUGUAAGUAGAGAAGUAUGUACGAUCUUGAGAAUGCUGGCACCCUAUGCACUAAGCUUUUAAUGUUGUACUAAAUAUUAAGGUUGGUGGUAUAGAGUAGAAAACCUGCUGAGGAGGAUCAUGAAAUGGAGUUUAUUUUGCCGUUCUCCACGUGUUGACCACAACCGUUGUCACACGACACGUUGGGUUCGGUACAUGAUAUGUCGAAAAUCUAAAUUUCUAAAAAAUGAAAAAAUUGGAAGGUGGUCGAAGGAGACGGAGGUAUCAUGUUUUUAGGACGAAGUAAGUAAUGUACACCUUUUGCAUGGGUAUGGUUUACGAUGCUGAAGAAAGAGAGGAUGGGUAUUUGUCGUUGUAGAUAACUACUUUGAUAUCUUUCAAGGUCUUCGAUGUCUCUGUAGGUCUUUGGGGGAGCUUGAACUAUCGUAUUGCAAGGUAAUGUUACUGGACAUGAUAAUGGUGAAGAGACACCUUGUAGGGGCUUGUGUGUCUUCCAAAGACAGGACAGUGCAACAUUCACGUGUGAUGAGAUUUGAGGUUGUUCUAUUAUGUUAUAAACUACAUACAGAUGGUGCACAUAUCCUCAAAAGAAACAUAUCUUUCAACAUGUGAUUUGCUAUUGUCCUCUGCUACACUUUCUAUUAAAAA